GAGAGGAGCGAGCAAGCAGUGAAAGGGAGGGGUAGAGCAGAGGCAGAGGGAGGAGAGAAGAGGGCACACGCACCCGAUCAGAGCACAACAAACGGCAGUCCACCCUGAGCCUGGGGGAACCGAAAGCUUCGCACUCAGUCAGCAGGACAGAGUACACUGGACCAGGAGCUUCAGACCGCCACGCUCUCAGUCUGGAGAAAGCUGCCAGCGAGGCACAACCUCAACACAUGAUCAUAGAGCAGCAGGAAAAGCUGCAACGUUGCUCCAGCUGCCGUUUUCAAAGGGAGGUGAAGACAAACCGGUGCUUUUCUGCGUGGUGUGUCGUUCAGAGACAGACCCAUCAAGCCUAGUGGGACAUCCCAACCAUGGAGGACACUCUCACCUGUACUCCCACCACCUUUUCCCAGGUCUUCGGCCGCCAAGGACAGCUGAUGCAAGCUACUGUGCAAUCUCUGAACAGCCUCAACGACCAGAUCGCUCACUUCAUGGUGAACAGACCCAACGCCAUGAGCCACGAAGAGGACACCUUUCUGCCCACCGAGAGGGAUACUUUGAGCCAAUCCAUGGCUCUAAUGAGACACCUGCUCAUGGAUGCACAGGGCAAAAUCCUGAAAAUGAUGGAGGACAACAAGCAGCUGGCUCAGCGGAUCGAUGGGGCCAUUCAGUCAGCCAGCCAGGAGGUGACCAACCUGCGCUCUGAGCUCUCCGCGACCAGCCGCAGACUGGCCGAGUUGGGGGCGUGCAACCCUGUCGGCCUGGAGAACAACCAGCAGAACCACCAUCACCACCAUCACCACCUCCACGAUCCUUCAGUUCACCACCGGCAGAAGGCAGUGGUUUCUGAUCUCACUUUCCAGACAGGCAUGUCGAAGUUGAUGGACUUCGGAACUCCAGAUUCUUCACUUGACAAAGUGUUGCUGAGGGAGGAGGUGGCUCAGUUGCAGGAGGAGGUGCACCUCCUCAGGCAGAUGAAGGACAUGUUGAGUAAAGACCUGGAGGACUCGCACGGAGGCUGCUCGGCCGACACGCUCUCCGCCGCCGAGCUCAAGGUGCAGUUGGGGGAGAAGGAGCAGGAGCUGGAACGUGCCAAGGAGGCCUUACAAGCUAUGAAGGGUGAUCGGAAGCGGUUGAAGGCAGAAAAGGCUGACCUGGUGAACCAGAUGCAGCAGCUCUACACCACACUGGAGAGCCGAGAAGAGCAGCUCCAAGACUUCAUCAGAAACUAUGACCAGCACAGAAAGGAGAGCGAGGACGCGGUAAAGGCUCUGGCCAAAGAGAAGGACAUGCUGGAGAGAGAGAAAUGGGACCUGCGCCGGCAGACUAAAGAGGCCACAGAACAGGCCAGCGUCCUGCGCUCCCAGAUAGACAUGAAGGAGAAUAGAAUCAAAGAGCUGGAGGCAGAGCUCACCAUGGCAAAGCAGUCUCUGGCCACUCUCACUAAAGACGUGCCAAAGCGUCACUCUCUGGCGAUGCCAUCAGAGCCGGUGGUGAACGGCAGUCAGGAGUGGGUGAUGCAAGCAGACCUUCCCCUCACUGCAGCAAUCAGACAGAGUCAACAGACCCUGUACCAUUCGCACCCCGCCGACAGGCAAGCUGCUUUGAGGAUCAGCCCCUGUCACUCCCGCCAGCCCUCCAUCAUCUCCGACGCCUCGGCUGCCGACGGCGACCGCUCAUCCACCCCGAGCGACAUCAACUCACCCCGCCACCGGACUCACUCCCUCUGCAAUUCCAUGGAGGACCUCGAGGACCAGAAGCGUAAGAAGAAGAAGGAGAAGAUGAGUCUCGGCUCACUUUCUCGAGUGUUUGCCCGGGGAAAAUCUCAACGCAAGUCCUUGGAUCCGGGCCUGUUUGAUGGUACUUCCACCCCUGAUUACUAUAUAGAGGAGGAUGCUGACUGGUGAUAGUGCUAUUGCGUGUGCGUUUAGGUGUGUGUGUGUGUGUGUGUGGAAGUACGCCUGAAUAUGUAUGAGUUAAUGUGUGUGUGCGAGAGUGCAUAAGCGUUUGUGUGUGCCUUCAAAUGUAUUCCCCGUGAAAAAUACAGGAAAGAGGAAGAACUGCUGCCUCCUUGAAAUGUACAUAACGACACUUAAAAACAUCUAUGUAAAUGAAAUAUAUAUUUAUAUAUGUAUGCAUAUGUACAUAUGUUUACAUUUAUAUAAAUAUAUACAUGGGAUCAUUUGCGUGUGUAUAUGUUUAUGCUGUUAUAAUGCUUUAUUUGUGGUAAUAUAUGUCUCUUUUUUUAUAAACUGGAAACUUGAAUUACUGCUGAGCAUUUGUAAAUAGGAACUUUUGUGCACCUUGUGUUUGCUGAUGUCUUCAUGUGGAAUGCUUCUUUUUCAUGACUGCUUUUACCAUGAACUCAGAGCUCCAGGCUGUCUUCACACACCAUAGCGUGAGCUCCAUCUGAAAGAUUUAAAGGUGCACUCUGUCAUUUUUCCAAUCAUUCAAAAUUUUAAACAAAUCAAUGUUAACGUGACAUGAUCACAUGAGAUGUGAGCCUGAUAAAAGUGGUUUUAUUUAGCAUGUCUGUAGGUCACUAUACACAAUACAUGACCACAAUUUGGUAAUCUACCCAUUAUUGGACCGACUGAAAACACAUGAUAUGUAUUUUCUACAUGAUAUCUGUAAACUUUGUGUCCAUGCCUAGAAAAAUCACUGAGUGCACUUUUAAUGUUUAAUGUUAGGAUCUACUCAGUUACAUCAAGAUAAGAUGGUUUUCUAAACGUUUGCCUUAGCUGUUCACCUCAGUAAUCUAAUCUCUUAGGAACAUCUACGUAAAGGUGUGGUCAAUCUCUGUGUGAUUUUGCAGGUGAAAAAGGUCUAUCGUCAGUAGCGUAGCAAUGUAUGAAGCACAGCUCACACAGAAGUUCAAACCAAGCAGCUUUCUGUUGGUGGAUGCGUCACAUCACACGAAAUGGCUGGAUUUCGCCCGCAAAAUUUUGCAGAGCAACAGUAAAUGUGACCGCACGUUAAUAGGUGAAUUUUGUGUGUUUACCUCAGAGUUAAACUCAGACAGCUGCCAAACCGAGAUAACGAUCAUUUGAGAGCUAAUAUUUUAUUAUGCAUUAUGUCCUCUUGCAAGGCUGCACCAAGGAUCUUUUUAAUCUUGACAAAUGUGAAAUGCAAACCUCCCAAAAUCUAUACUUUAUUGUCUGGAAAGACUGAAUAAAUGGUAUUUUAGGCAGUUUAGUUCCAUUAUGAUGAUAGAUUGCUAAAGGAUGGAGUAAUUCAGUUAUAAUUGGACUGAAGUUACAAUAUGCAUCAGACUGGCCUUGUCGAGCUAUUUUUGCGUGGUCCGAUGCUUCUCAGAUCACCUUUGCUAAAACAUGUGUAGCAUUAUUUAUUAGACUGUUUCCAUAUUAAAAAUCUCACAUUUUAUAACCUACGAGGAAUUAUGUUCGAUUUUGAAGUGAUAUCAGGAAAGUUCGUUUCCACUAUUUACACACAAAUCUGGAAUAUACUCAAACCAGGUGCUGACUUUACAUCAAUAAAGUGCCAAAGGGUUACAGUGCAGCUUGCAGAACACAAGAAAAUACAUUGGACUAUUUUCUUUUCUCUGCUAUUUCAAGUGUGCAAACAGAAUGUCUGUAAGAACUCAUAACACACCCUGCUUCCAUAACAUUCUUUUCCAUUAAUGUUGAACCCAAUGAUGUCAUGACCUUUGUCUCGCUGACAUAUCACAUAUUUCUUUCCGUUUCAAGCUUUCCUUUGCAUCUUGGUGGCACUGAUUUUUUUUUUUUUUUUUUUUUCUUUUUUUUUUUUUGAUCUUUUAAAUGAAACUGAACUUCAUUCCUCAUGUCACUCUAAUGAUUUUAUGUUGUAAGGUUUGUAAAGUAGAUUAUGUCAGAUAUAAGAUUAAAUCUAUUAAAGAAUUUAUUUAAAGACUAGGAAAGAGGUCAUUUCAAUGAAAACAGACUAUCUUUGAAUUUGAUGAGAAGGUUUUAACAUUCUGGAGAUUUAAAAAGAAAAAAGAAACAAUUAAAAUAAAACUUAUUUUAAAAUAAAAACACAUAACCCAA